AGGCAAGCACAUCAGUUCGACUGUAAGACGGUUUUAGGAGGCCUGCCUAUCUGUGAGCAGAAGGGACCGGUCCUGGCCAAAGCAUAAGAACAGUAGAACCCUGGAUCCAACCAUGGAGAGAGUCAACACCAACUAGAAGACUCUGGAGCACCCCUUGAGAACGAUACCUCCAGAAUGACUGAAUGGCCACCAAUCACCAAUGUUGGACUCAUAACAUACAAAGGGUUCAAUCUGAUAAGGAAUGUGCAUGAGGAGGUUCAUCUUCACAAGUUGGAGAAGUUUGAGAUUCGGGAAAGUGACAUUUUCAUUAUCACUUACCCAAAGUCAGGGACCACAUGGAUGCAGUAUAUUUUGGAUCUCAUGUAUCACAGUGAUCAGCUGAAUGGUGAGCACAGCAAGAGGACAAUGGAAGUUGUGCCCUGGAUUGAAGUUAGGAUGAAAAGAAUUGACUAUUCUAAAAUGCCAUCGCCACGCACCUUUGCCUCUCACCUGCCCCCCAGUUUGGUGCCCCAACAGCUGAGGGACCAAGGAAAGGUGAUUUAUAUUGCAAGGAACCCCAAAGAUGUUGCAGUGUCAUUUUACCAUUUCCACAAUUUCUCCAAACUUCUUGAGGACAAGCCCGAUUUUGACACAUUUUUGGAUGAAUACCUGGAGGGGAAGGUUUUUGGGAACUCUUGGUUUGAUCACAUCCAAGGCUGGUACAGCAACAAGGACAACUUUAACCUACUGUUCCUCACAUACGAAGAAAUGAGAAAGGAUCUGCGAGGUACCCUUGUCAAAGUAUCAAACUUUCUUGACAAAAAUAUUGAUGAUGCAAUGCUUGAUAUGAUUGUGGAAAAGAGCUCUUUUGAGAGCAUGAGGCUGUGCCCAAACGCAAAUUUGGAACACCAGACUCCAAAAUAUUUUGACCACAGCAAAGGAGCAAUGCUUCGAAAAGGGAAAGUGGGAGACUGGAAGACAAUAUUCACAGUGGCACAAAAUGAGAAGUUUGACAAGAUCUACAAUGAGAAGAUGAAGGUUCUUCUGGGAUUUGGCUGGGAUCUGUAGAUGCAAUGCAACCAUACCUUUGCUUGUCAUUAACAGCACAAAUAAAAUUAUUACAUGACAAAAUUGCCCUAUGAAUCAGUGAAUAAGACCUAGCUGAUCUGUCAGCCUUACAGUGGAAAUGGAAUGAACUGUUAAGAGCAAUGGCUGAAUUCAGUUUAAGUAAAACCUCAUUAAGCAUUAAACCUCAAAAAGAAGGAGAAAAUGUAGACAAAGUGUUAGCAGUUCAGAUAAGUUAAAAAUGUUAACAUUUAAAAUAAUAUCACCAGCUUUAAUAAGACAAUGGUUACACUGCCCUGGAUAUUAAGGAAAUAAACUCUUUAAACACUUUUGUAUAAUUAAAAAAAACUAUUUAAAAACCACCUCUAUUCUUUGGAAAUUGAUUGUGUAACAAAUCAUUUCAAUCAACUUCUCAAAUCAAAAAACUGUCAAAGUUGGAUUUCAUAUAACCAGACUGGACACCUCCAACAAUACAAGGAAAGGUUUUAACCUAUUUCAUGUUACAUUGAACAA